GCGCGCCCCUUCCCGGCCUGCCCCGCGGCCGCCGCGCGCCCCGAGCGCGGCCGUUGCCCGCGCCCAUGCGGCCACCACCUUGCCCAGCCACGGCUCACCCGCGGGCCUUCGCCUUGCUGGGCGCCAGCAGCGAGUCUCGGGGGUAUUCGAACAGAUGAUACCAUCUUGCUGCUCUGCCUUCGUACUGGAGUGGCUGCAAAAAUGAUGACUGCAGAUGUAAGCCAGUGGGAUGAAACUAUUUGUGAUAAGGUUAUCUGUCAGCAUCCACAGUGCUGGGAUACACUGAGGAGGAUUGAAGAGGGACAUCCUCGGAUCCGUUUAAGAAAUUCUGACUCAGUUUCUAGAAUGUUUUUGGAAAGUGAAGAUGAAUUUCCAACACUGAAAAUAGUAAACAUGCCCCCCAGCCAGUCUUUGAGAAGAUUUGUCAGAUGUUCCAAGUGUCACAGAACUUUCUCCAUCUCUGCUGCACCCUCUCUUCUAAAUCCUGUGCUUCAAGAAAGUUCAGAUGAAGAUAGUACUGUCAGUUCAGAAAGACCUAUUUUCCCAGGCUUGAACUCUGCAGCAGGGUUAAACGUUAUCUCACCUAGACAGAUGAGCUUCAUGGUCUUGAAUAACACUGGAAAAGCAUCACCUUUUGACCACUGUCAGAAACAGGAUACUGAGCUACGCAGACCUUUGUUUGACCCACUUCGAGUGUUUCAUUUUCCUGAGAUAGCUCCUCCUAAGCAGGGUUACUGUUCAGAGAGUGGAAAUCUGAUUGUUAAGUGGGUCCCAAAUAAACAUCGAAAAAGUCAGAAGCCUGGACUGCAAGCAGUGUCAGAGUUAAAGCCUGUACGACAGAUAUGUGUUAAAGACCUUCCCUCUGAAAGUCUCAGUGACCUUAAAGAAGUGCAGAACCGCAGACAAGGCGCUGACAUGAGAAGAAUGAAAUCCGGGAAAAUUCCUGCAGGAGGCCAACCCAGUCUUGUAUAUCCAAAGAGAAGCCAGAUACUUAGCUGCCCAUCCGAAACAAAAUUGCUUCUAAACUACAAAACUGAAGGUUUUGCAGACAAAGAUGGGGUACUGAGCCAAUCUUGCCCUGGACAGCUGCAGAUUGCAACCAUAGUGGAGCUGCAAGAUGAGGGUGGCCUGAAGCUGAUGAACAGGCCGCCAGGCUUGUCUCAUGCCAAACCAACAUCAUUCCGUCCUUUGCUAGUGCAAAAGGCUCCAGUAAUGGUGAACUUGAAAGAAAAAAGCACACAAAGAAUCAAAAACAGUCAGUAUCUGAAGAAACCAACAAAAAUUAAAACCAGACCAGGUAUUAAGAUAAAAACUCCAGACAGCAUGCCCUUGUGCCUCUUUUCAAACCUGGAAGAACAGCCUGACUGCUCAGGUCUGUUUGCAUUUCCUGCUGAGUUUCUGCAGUGCUGCACACGUGGUGGCCCUGAGCAGCCCCCUGCCCAGCCGGAUCUUUCACCCAAAACACUCGCGGAGGGCAUGCAUCACGGAGGGGAGAACCCUGUGGCACAGCUCGUGGAGCUCUGGAGAAGGAGGUCUUCUGGGAAGUCUGUGCUCGGCAAGAGCAGCACAACAAAUCUGGUGUCCCAAGGUGUUGAAGCGCACAGGCAGCCUUUGACAAGAAAAGGGAGCCAGGACAACAUAUAUAGGCGCAAUGUGAGUAGGGAGGACGCUGCACGGACACUGUGCUACAUCCAGGGAGUCCAGUAUCCAGGCAGAGUAGUUCCACUAUGCAAAGAGGAAUUUGAAGAUGACCCUUCCUACAAACCACUGCCGCCGCCGCCACCUCCUCCUUCUCCUUGCCUACAGGAGGACUAUGAUGAGGUUUCUUCAGAGAGAGAAUCCCCUCCCUUUGAAGGCCACAGCAAUCAAGACAGUGUUCUCUGAUAACCCUUCAUCAAACAACGGCUGAGGGAACCUGUCCUGACACUGACCUGCUCCUGUCUUGGCUCCUAUCUCAGCUCCUGUCUCACCUUGCGUUUGGGCCCCAUCCGCUGUGCUUCCCUUGCCAGCCGCAGGGCAGGUGAAAGAAGCAGCCAGGCAGUUCUGCAGUCUCUAAAUGUUCAGGACAGGUAAAAAUCUCUGAGAUCUGAAAAUAAAAGAAGAGCUUCUCACCC